CAAUGGCGAAAACCAUCUUCAUCGCAGUCAUCGGCCUCGGUGGCGUCGGCAAAGCAUUUCUCUCGCAACUCGACUUCCUCCGCCAACGCCUGGCAACGCAGAACCCGCCCAUCGACCUCCGACUCAUCCUCGCGCGUCGAAGCACCAAACAGCUCUUUUCUCAAGACUUCUCGCACCUGAACAUCCACACUGUCACUGGUGAUGUCGACAGCAAGGGCACUCCGCCUCCGCCUUUCAACGAGACAUUCGGGCAGCUCGCGAGAGCUCCGGGGCGAGUCGUACUGGUCGACAAUACGAGCGAUGUCGGUCUCGCCAGUCUCUAUCCCAUGGUGUUACAGCGCGGUAUCAGCAUUGUGACGCCCAACAAGAAGGCUUUCAGUGACAAGUUUGAGUUGUGGGAGAGCAUUUUCAAGAGCGCUGCGAACGGCACGGGAUCCCCGAGCAACGGUUAUGUCUUCCACGAGUCGACUGUGGGUGCUGGACUCCCUGUCUUGUCGAGCUUGAAGGAGCUGGUCGAGACGGGCGAUGAGGUGACGAAAAUUGAGGGCGUGUUCUCGGGCACCAUGUCGUUCUUGUUCAACUCCUUCCAGCCUCUUGGUGGAGGAGGAGGCAAGUUCGCCGCCGAAGUGAAAAAGGCCAAAGAGCUGGGCUACACCGAACCCGACCCUCGCGACGAUUUGAAUGGUCUCGAUGUAGCACGAAAGCUCACCAUUCUUGCUCGUAUUGCCGGACUGCCAGUCGAGUCACCCACAUCAUUCCCAGUGCAAUCACUCAUCCCCUCAGAGCUUGAGUCCGCCAGCUCAGGGGACGAAUUCCUGCAGCGUCUGCCCGAAUUCGACGCUCAGAUGGAUAAGCUCAAGGAUGAAGCCACGAAAGAAGGCAAAGUCAUUCGUUUCGUCGGCAGCAUUGAUGUGCCCUCCAAGCAAGUCAAGGUCGGGCUGGAGAAGUUCGACGCUUCACACCCCAUUGCUGCGUUGAAGGGCAGCGACAACAUCAUCAACUUCUACACGAAGCGCUACGGCAGCAACCCUCUCAUCAUCCAAGGAGCUGGCGCCGGCGGAGAUGUCACUGCCAUGGGUGUGACUGGAGAUCUGCUCAAGGUCAUCCGAGUGCUGCAAUAGAUAGAUGUAUAUACCCACAAAAGUUAUGAGAACAUGC